GGAAAGCAGGUGAGAAGGCUCUAAAGGUUGGGUACAGAGGGGGGGAGAAUGACACCCCAGAAAGGGAUGAAGAAGCUAUGAAACAGCAUCUGAGUGGGAGGAGAAUUCAGCAUUUCUGCCUUUAAAUUAUCCAUCAGUUCAGCCCCCAGUGGUACUAAGCAAUGCAUAAUGGAGGAGCAAGGUGGGGGAGACAAGGGGGGACUAGGGUAUAAGGAGGUGCUGGAGGGGAGCAGUUCCAGAGACCUAGGACUCAGCCACCUACGUCGACCAGGAUCCUGAGACCAGCUUGUCCAGUGGAGAUGGCUCCAGGUACUCGAGUCUCUGUGUUGCUUCUCGUAACUUUCACCUUGCUGGGGCCGCAGAGUGCCGGUGCUUUCCCGGCCAUGCCUCUGUCCAGCCUCUUUGCCAAUGCUGUGCUUCGUGCUCAGCAUCUGCACCAGCUGGUUGCUGACACAUACAAGGAGUUUGAGCGUACAUACAUUCCAGAGGCACAGAGACAUUCCAUCCAGAGUACCCAGACAGCUUUCUGCUUCUCUGAGACCAUUCCAGCUCCCACUGGCAAGGAUGAGGCCCAGCAGAGAUCUGAUGUGGAAUUGCUUCGUUUUUCCCUUCUCCUUAUCCAAUCUUGGCUGAGCCCUGUGCAGUUCCUCAGCAGGGUCUUCACCAACAGCCUGGUCUUCGGCACCUCAGACCGGGUCUAUGAGAAGCUGAGGGACCUGGAAGAAGGGAUCCAGGCUCUCAUGCAGGAGCUGGAGGAUGGCAGCUCAAGGGGCGGCCUGGUCCUCAAGACCACCUAUGACAAAUUCGACACCAACCUACGCAGUGAUGAGGCACUGCUCAAGAAUUAUGGGCUGCUCUCCUGCUUCAAGAAGGACCUGCACAAAGCCGAGACCUACCUCCGGGUCAUGAAGUGCCGCCGUUUUGUGGAGAGCAGCUGUGCCUUCUGAUGGCCCUUGGCUGCAUCCCCACUCAUGGCACUGCUCCUUCUUGGAGGAUGACAGGGCCACCUCCACCUAACAUGCCUUUCCACUGAGAAAAUAAAAUUG